UGGGGUCCGACCCAUUGGAGGCGUGAACAGGGUUUAAAUACCUAAAUUAGAGUAAUCAGGGUUUAAGCCUUCCGAGAGUUCAAUCGAGAGAUACCAAAUUAAUCCAUUAGAAGAAAUUCAAAGAUGCGAAGCAGAAAACGAAGCACCCGGGAAUCCAACCAAGGAGCCCUCUCCAAUUCCAUUGGAAAUCCGUUGGAAAGUCAAUUUUGCUUUGAAGGUGAAGACCUUGCUCGUCUUCGCAAAUCUAUCCAGAGCCAGAUUGAAUCAAAAGGAGCCUUGAACGCAGCUUUGCCUGAUAAAUUUUGGCUUAAGCAACAAUUUUCAAUCGGGGUGAAUGAGGUUACGCGUGUGCUUGAACGGAUGCCAUCAAAUCUUGGGACUGAAAGUUGUUCCUCGGACCAUCUUCUGAAAUCCAGCAAGAGUGAUGUUAGAAAAGCACCUUCCGUUCAACUUCAGGCAGUACUGUUAGCAUAUGAUGGCACUCCACGCUCAUUGACAAAAUGUCUACCAGCUCUGGCUGCUUCAAGAAAUGUGCCACUCAUCGUCAUCAAAGAUAAUAAAGAAGGUUCUUUAAGAUUAGGUGAGCUGGUCAAGCUAAAAAGGUCAAUUUCUAUUGGAAUAAAGGCCAGGGGAAACGACAUCAAUCUACUAGUUAAUGAGAUCCUUCAACGCAAUUCAAGAUAGCUUGGAAGCAAAAAUCAACAAGUAGCGUUGACAAAUCUUCUAUUUUCUUAGAUAGGCUUGUGGGAAUAUGUUAAGUUUAUAUGAUCUUCGUUUAUACUGUAGUGAUAUUUUUUGUUUCAAAAAAAAA